AUGGGCGGUGUGAUGUGCAAUGGCUGUUAUGGAGGUGGCGGCAGCAGCGGAAGCCUAAAAUUGAAACAGUCAGCUGCUGCUGCAGUCGGAGGAGCCCUGGCAGUGGGGGCAGUGCCUGUGGCGCUCGGUGCCCUAGGUGUCACUGGGGCAGGAAUCACUGCCUCCUCCAUGUUAGCCAAGAUGAUGUCCCUAGCAGCCAUUGCCAACCGGGGUGGAGUUGCCAUGGGCAGUCUGGUGGCUACUCUGCAGUCAGUGAGUGCAGCCGUACUCUCCACAUCAUCCAACAUGCUGCUGUGCUCCAUGGAUUCCACCUUUGAGGCCUGGUUGGGGAAUUCAACACAGUUACCUCCUCUUCUAACUGAACCCAGGGCUGAAGGGGAUCAGCCAAAAGAAAACGUACUCCAAGCUGAACCUCCAAAACCCCCACUUGGGUCAGAGAAACACGAGGAAUAA